GGUGCUUUGGUGCCAACUGCGACCAGUCCAUCCACUAGUCAAAAUAUUUCUCUUUUCCGGAUUACCUGUGGGGAACGUGAGACGUCUGCCACAGGCUUCCCAAGAUGGGUGCGUACAGAUAUAUUCAGGAGUUGUACCGCAAGAAAUUGAGCGAUGUUAUGCGUUUUCUUUUGCGCGUCAGAGUAUGGCAGUAUCGCCAGUUAACACGGAUGCAUCGUGCUCCCAGGCCAACAAGGCCAGAUAAAGCCAGGAGACUCGGAUACCGUGCUAAGCAAGGUUAUGUGAUCUUCCGAAUUCGUGUGCGCCGAGGUGGACGCAAGCGCCCUGUUCCUAAAGGUGCUACUUAUGGUAAACCCAAGAGCCACGGUGUUAAUCAACUAAAGCCCACACGUAAUUUGCAGUCAAUUGCUGAGGAGCGUGUAGGACGCCGUUGUGGUGGCUUAAGGGUAUUGAACUCAUAUUGGGUUGCUCAAGACUCAUCCUACAAAUAUUAUGAAGUAAUCCUUGUUGAUCCAUCACACAAGGCUAUCCGCCGUGAUCCGAAGAUCAACUGGAUAGUGAACCCAGUUCACAAACACCGUGAAAUGCGUGGUCUCACUUCAGCCGGCAGAAGUUCACGAGGUCUUGGCAAGGGUCACAGAUACUCCCAAACCAAGGGUGGCUCACGUCGUGCUGCUUGGAUACGCAAAAACACCUUGCAAUUACACCGCAAGCGAUAAAAAUAUUUAUAACCAUAUCUCGGACUUUUUUCCUUUUAUUCUACCAGAUAGAAAGUCUGGGGUUGGAAAUAAACAGCUUUACAAAUACCAU